UUCCCUUUUUUCUCUUUUUUCUUUUCUUUUUCUUUUUUAAAAUUUAUUUUCUUUUUUUUUUUUUUUAAGGGAAAAGAGGGAGGUUUCCCCCACCCCGUGUUUGGGAAACGCCCCGGCGCGGCGCUGGGAGCGGGGCUGGUGCGGAGCGGUGCGCGGGGGAGGCUGCGGAGCGGCUCCCGAGCGGCUCCCGGGCGGUCCCGGCCCCCUCCCGGCCCCCUCCCGGCCCGGGGUGGUUCGGGUGGCCCGGCAGGUCCGUCCUCCCCCCCGCUCGCCAUUGGCUCAGCGCGCAUCCCCCUUCCCAGCGCGCCUCAAAUGCGCCCCGCGCAUCCCCGGCCCGCCUCGCCUCCCCCGGCUCCGCCAGCGCCCUUCUGCCUGGGGGAUUAACUUCAAAAAAAUAUAUUAUCGCUGUUUAUUUUGACUGCUGAUUAAAAAAAAAAAAAAAGUCCAUUUAUUUAUUUCUUUUCCUCACCGUUCUCAUCCCUCCCCAGCCGGCCGGGGGUGCAGCGGCCGCCCCCUGUGUGGGCUCCGAGCCGCGAUGAAUCUCAACUUCACGGCGCCCGUGCACCCCUCCCCGGCGGGCAGGCCCACGUCCUUCUUCAUCGAGGACAUCCUUCUGCACAAGCCCAAACCGCUGCGGGAGCUGCCCCCCCGAGCCCUUCCCGGCUCGCUGGCGGCCCGAGUGCCCCUCCUGGACUAUGGGUACCCCCUGGUGCCCGCCCCGGCCCUGCUGGCGCCGCACCCCGCCCUGCACAAGCCGGAGCAUCACCACCACCACCAGCCCUAUUUCCUCACCGCCUCGGGAAUGCCGGUGCCGGCGCUGUUCCAGCACCACGCUCACGCCGAGCUGCCCGGGAAGCACUGCCGCCGCCGCAAAGCCCGCACCGUCUUCUCCGACUCGCAGCUCUCCGGACUGGAGAAGAGGUUUGAGAUCCAGCGGUACCUCUCCACGCCCGAGCGGGUGGAGCUGGCCACGGCCCUCAGCCUCUCCGAGACGCAGGUAAAAACCUGGUUCCAGAACCGCCGCAUGAAGCACAAAAAGCAGCUGCGGAAGACUCAGGACGACCCGAAGCAGGCGGGCGGCGAGGAGAGCGGCGAGCAGAGCUCCCCGGAGCCCGAGCUGCCCGAGCCGGCCGGGGCCGAGCCCCGCAAGGGCCCCGCCGGCCCCUUCCUGCUGCAGGACCCCGAGGACGAGGUGGACAUCCUGGAGGACGGGGACAUCUGUCCCCACCGCCUCUAGGAGAGCCGGGGCCCUCCGGCCUCUCCGCGGCUCUGCCCCGGCCCCGAGGGUCGCCCCCGCUUCCCCCCUUGGGCUGGGGAAGGGGACACAGCUCGGGCAGGGGGCACAGCUCGGGAAGGGGGCACAGCUCGGGCAGGGGGCACAGCUCGGGCAGGGGGCACAGCUCGGGCAGGGGGCACAGCUCGGGCAGGGGGCACAGCUCGGGAAGGGGGUGUGGGU